GGAGCAGACUGCUGAGCUCUCGGUGUAACACUAGAUCCUGGCAGAGGAUCCGGGAUACUGAGGAAAACUGCAAUUCACCUCUGCAUUGCCCUACUGCAACAUCCACUGAAGUCUGCAGAGGAGCUCCGCUAAACUUCUCCUUCCCUGUCCUCAUCCCACCCAGGACAGACAGACGGGCACAGCCAGGACACCGGGGACACAGAGACAAGGAUUCUUCCACCAUCCUUCAUCAUCUGCAUUCUGCACUGCAUAGGACAAUAUGAAGUCAAGUCUACUUUUCCUUGUGCUUACCAUGGCACUGAGCUCCUCCGCUUUAAUCCCAGAAGUAGAAGGCAUGUCAAAAGAUUACAAGAGCUUAAGAGUGAGGAUUGGAAACUCUUCAACGAAAGCUGUGUUGUCGGGCACGUUGACCAUCCCUUGCCACAUCACGUACCAGUCACCAGCGGAAGAGGUGACUGUGGGCCGCCGGGCUGUGCUGGCCACACCUCGGGUAAAAUGGACCUUCAUUUCCAAUGAUAAAGAAGUCGAAAUAUUGGUGGCUCGGGGCCACAAGGUCAAGAUCAAUGAGGCUUACAGACUACGGGCCUCUCUCCCACACUACACGACGUCAGCGUAUGACGUCACACUGGUCCUCAAAGAGCUGAUAAGCAACGAUUCGGGGAUUUACAAGUGCCAUGUCCAGCAUGGCAUUGAAGAUGACCAUGGCAUGUUGGAGGUGAAGGUCAAAGGUGCUGUGUUCCUGUAUCGAGAAGGAAUCUCACGUUACACUUAUACUUUCCCCAUGGCCCAGGAAGCCUGCAAUAGGAUUAAGGCGCACAUAGCCACAGCAGACCAACUUUUGGCCGCCUACCAUGGUGGAUAUGAACAGUGUGAUGCCGGCUGGAUCGCUGACCAAACUGUCAGGUAUCCUAUCCAGACCCCCCGGGAAGGUUGCUAUGGAGAUAUGGAUGGAUUCCCUGGAGUGAGGAACUACGGAGUCUCGGACCCAGAUGACAUGUAUGAUGUCUACUGCUACGUGGAAGAACUUAAUGGUGAGGUUGUUCUAGGUUCUACACCAAACAAAUUCACUCUAAGUGAAGCCAGAGACUAUUGCAGAACAUUGGGAGCUGAAAUGGCAAACACUGGCCAACUCUAUGCUGCAUGGAAUGAAGGGGUUGACCAGUGCAAUCCCGGCUGGCUUGCUGAUGGAAGUGUCCGGUAUCCCAUUGUCACACCAAGUGAAAAGUGUGGAGGGAACUCACCGGGAGUCAAGACUAUCUUUCAGUUCCGCAACCAGACAGGCUUUCCAGACCCUCAGGCCAGAUAUGAUGUCUACUGUUUUAGAGGUGAAGGCCCUGUUCAAACAGAAGACCAUGGUGAGAGCCCUUCACCUCCAGCUGAGCGAGUCAAAGGAGUCAUUACAGUUACCGAAAGCUUUAAAGAGCUGAAGUUGCCAGAAGCGAAAGCUGAGAAUGAAGCUCAAGGUUUUGUAGAUACCAUCCCACUGAACAAGACUGAAGCAACUAAGCUUGCAGAUGUAGAGAUCCUUUCGACCGUCAAAGACCUGCAAGAGUUACCACCACAGCCUACAGCUCUAGUUGAUGAAAACGUCAAUGGUGAUGAAGACCUUUCUCCUGGCGUUGCAAGCUUUCCUCCCUAUGAAGACCAUUCUGAUGACAGUGAAGAGUCUACAACAAUGGAUUACAAAACCACAGCUAUUUUCAGACAUUCUCAAGGGGAUACACCUGGCUUUGUUGCAGAGUCCACCCAAGCAACAAUGGAAGGAGAAGCUCUGCCCACUGCAGGUGACUCCAUCUUAGAUGUAUCAUUUGUGAAUGUACUUGCAGAGAAUGAUUAUGACAACUUUACUGACUCGACACAGGAACUUGGAGUUACUGUGUCAGAAUCAGCAAGCCACAUUCCAAAUGCCGGAUCCCCCAACCCAACACAAUUUUCAAACACAGAACAUGUUUCGGAUGUACUCACUCAGGAAAGAACCAGUCAAGGAAAUACCUUUACCAUGACAAUAGCAGAUACCAAUUUUAGUCACAUUGUCCCAACUAUAGCUUCCUCUAUUUUAGACAGUGAUGUAGAGUAUAGCGGAGAUGAUAAACCAUUACCAAGCGUGAUUGUUGAUAAUGAGCCCCCUAACUCUUCCCUAGACACCCCAGUCACUCAACCAAUAUCCACUAGUCAUCCACCUCAAGAUUAUUUUGAGGCAUCUGGACAUGCCAAUCAGUUGACCCUUACAGGAGAACCACAUAGUCUGAAAAGUUUGGUGGAGGAACUGGCCUCUGGAGACCAUGCGAGUGGGACACCAGAUCAUACAAAAAGCUCACAGAUAUUUGAAUCAAGCCUUGUCCUUACAACACCUCUGUCAUUUUCUUCUGGGCCUCAAAAUUUGAGUAGCCCUGAAUUAUCUUGGGAAGAAGGAAGUGGAGAAGUUCCAGAUUCUACAUGGCUUACCUUAGGUGGUGCUUCAAUUUCAGAUGUCAAUAAUACUCAAAAACUAGAAAGAAACGAAGAUGAACCUCAAGAAUUUCUAAACAAUGUGGCAAAUACGACUAUACCUUCUGGACAGAAUUUAUAUGAGGAUGACGAAUCAUCAACAGCCCAAAUUUCCCACCUGAUAAGCCCUAAUGUGUCUCCUGGUCCAUCUACCAUUAACGGUGUUGGUGUAGACCAAUUUGUUCAAGAGAAAACCCCUUUUCCAACAUCUUUAAUGGGAACAGUAGAGAGUCACCUAGAUCUAGUCUCUCCUGCUCAUAUAGGUUUCACUCCACCACCCAACAGUCACAGGAAUUCCACAAGACUGUUUUUGGAGAAGAUCUUUCCACCAACCAUGACUUCCCCGAAUCCUACCGGUCCCUUGCCCGCUGUCCCAACAGAAAAAGCCAUUGUUGGAUCCUCAGUGAACUUUUCAGAUGUCUGCUUCCCCAACCCCUGUGAGAACGGAGGCACCUGCAUUGAGGAAGACGAUGACGACUUCCAUUGUUUGUGUUUGCCAGGCUAUUUUGGAAAAGCCUGUGAAAUAAAUGUAGAAAAGUGUCCAGAUGAGUGGGACUCAUUCCAGGGAUUCUGCUACAAGCAUUUCUAUGACCGGAAAAGCUGGGAGGAGGCAGAAACCCACUGCAGAGACUUCGGAGGCCAUCUUGUCAGCAUCAUAACCCCGGAGGAGCAAGACUUUGUGAACAACCAGUACAAAGACUACCAAUGGACGGGUCUGAAUGACCGCACCAUAGAGGGCGAUUUCCAGUGGUCAGAUGGGAAUACUGUGCUCUUUGAAAACUGGAAUAAAGGGCAGCCUGACAGCUACUUCCUCUCUGGUGAGGACUGUGUGGUGACAGGGUGGCAUGAUAAUGGCCAAUGGAGUGAUGUGCCGUGCAACUACCACCUCCCGUCCACCUGCAAAAUGGGUCUGGUGACCUGUGGACCUCCCCCUGAGGUGGCCAAUGCAUCUACAUAUGGCCGACCCAAAACCCGAUACCAGAUCAACUCUGUGAUAGGAUAUCGCUGCGACGAUGGUUUCCUUCAGCGCAAUUCUCCAGUCAUUAGGUGCCAGUCAGAUGGAGUGUGGGAAGAACCCCAGAUAAACUGUCUAUCGUCUCUCCAAUGAUGUGACCUCUUUUGGGGAUCCCUUUGCCUCUCUGUUAGGAAUUGUUACCCUGGUAGCCAAUUGGACGUGACGUUACCCCAGGCCCUGUUGCUGCAGGAAAGGCAGGCCUUGUUCAACCAGAAAUGUUUUAUGUGCAUUUGACUAAGACCACUCUCAUCCACACCACAAGUACCUUCAACCCUUUCACUGAAAGGCCAUGGCAAGUCAAUCAAUGAAGAAGACGUGAUACAUCGUGCCUAUUGAUACCAGCACUUAUUUAAACUGGUUCUUGGAUAAUGAGGAUAGAAAAUUAUUGUGAAUAUUGCUAGAGACAUUAAAGCUGGGCCUCAAAUGAUUGCUACAA